CCCCGCUGCUGGGCCUGCCGGGAGAACAUGGCGGCGGCCGGGGCGAGCGCGGGGAAGAAGCAGGUUCGGCAGGAGGAGCUGCGGCGCCUCAUGCGGGAGAAGCAGCGGCAGAACGCGGGGAAGAAGCGGAUCGACUCGCCCUUCGCCAAGUACAACAGCCUGGGGCACCUGAGCUGCACGCUGUGCAACGCGCCUGUGAAGAGCGAACUGCUGUGGCAGACCCACGUCCUGGGGAAGCAGCACCGCGAGAGAGUUGCAGAGUUAAAAGGCACAAAGCAGACAACAACUGUUUCAGCUGCUGGCACAUCAUCUCAUCCUGUCAAGAGAAAAUCCAUUGAUACAGAAGAUACAGACUUAAAGAGAGUAAAAGGUGCAGAAGAAAAGCCACAUACGUCUACAUCUGCGCUGCCAGCAGAUUUUUUUGAUGAAAAGGAGCAAGAUAGUGCAAAAGAACAGCUUUCAGAGGGUCCAGGUCCCAGUUUAUUGUCAGGAAAUUACGAUGACGACGAUGAUGAUGGUAAUGAAGAAGAAGAACAAGAUCAAUCAAACAACUCUUCCGUUACACAGAAAACUGAAAUUCCACCUCCAGCUCAAGAAGCCAUAGCUAAUUCUCUGCCUGCAGAUUUCUUUGACAGGAGAACUACAGCUGUUCCUAUAGUUUCCCAUUCAGGAUCCAUACAGAAAGCAGAGAUACAAGAGAAGAAAGUAGUAGAAAGGAAAGAAAACACCGCUGAAGCUUUGCCAGAAGGUUUCUUUGAUGAUCCUGAAGUGGAUGCAAAAGUGCGAAAAGUUGAUGCUCCAAAGGAUCAAAUGGACAAAGAAUGGGAUGAAUUUCAAAAGGCAAUGCGACAGGUCAACACAAUUUCAGAUGCAAUAGUGGCAGAAGAGGAUGAGGAGGGGCGACUAGAUCGUCAGAUUGGAGAAAUUGACGAGCAGAUUGAGUGUUAUCGCCGUGUUGAGCUGCUGCGUAACCGCCAGGACCUGAUGAAGGAGAAGCUGAAGGAAGCCAUGAGAUUAAGAGCAACGCAAGAGAAAGAGGAUGAGGCUAUUGGUAGCGAAGAUGAAGAAGAAUUGCAGGAUUUGCUGUCGCAAGACUGGAGGGUGAAAGGGGCUUUGUUAUAGGGUUUCUGCGACACAGUUGAUAGUCCCUUUAUCAAUGGUGUUACUUCCAUUGUUCGAAAUGAGAUGCUUUUGUUAAAUAUUUAUUUGAAGAGGAUCACAAGACAUUAAAGAGCCAAGUGUAUGAAAAAAAAGUUAACAUCUUUGUAGAUCUACAAUGGUGUAUUACUUGCUGUACAAACUGUAUAUUGCAAAUGUUUUACAAUAUUGAAUCCACCUUUCUUAUUAAAAUUAUUGGUUUCCUACAAGAGGUAUUUUAAUGAGAUUAAUAAGUAACUGAAGAAUCUCUAAGGUUUUGGAAGCAUUAGAUAUAUCUGGCAAUUUUGAGGCUUAUUGUGUAUAGAAGGACUUGCAGGAGUGAUAGUGUAUGGAGUGUCCCCAGACUGGGGUGUUAGGGAAAGGAAAAUAUUAUGCAUUUAUGUCAUCUUUAAAUUUGUAAGUGCUUUUCUGUCCAUUGCCCCAGCUCCUAAUAAAAUAUGUGCAUUUUUUUUUCAGGA